GAUGUGCGUUAAUUAGAACAAACGGGCCCAGAAGUGUCCGCGAGUCCAUGUGGCGAAGUGAAGAGUGAGCCAAGAUGGGAAGAUAUUCGCGGGAGCCUGAGAAUGCGGCAAAAUCCUGUAAAGCCCGGGGUUUCGACCUCCGAGUUCACUUCAAGAACACGCGGGAAACGGCACAAGCCAUCAAGGGAAUGCACCUGCGGAAGGCCAUCAGCUACCUCGAUGACGUGGAAAAGAAGAAGCAGAUAGUUCCAUUCAGACGGUACAAUGGGGGAGUAGGCAGGAAGGCCCAGGCCAAGAACUGGAAAGCUGCUGGUUCCCAGGGAAGAUGGCCAAUCAAAAGUGCUGCCAUCUUGCUUCAGCUACUGAAGAAUGCAGAGAGCAAUGCAGAAGUGAAGAUGCUGAACACCGACAGUUUGGUGGUGGAUCACGUACAAGUGAACCGAGCUGCGAAGAUGAGGAGAAGAACAUACAGAGCUCAUGGGAGAAUAAACCCGUACAUGAGUAGUCCGUGUCAUGUGGAGAUGAUUCUGGUUGAGAAAGAUGAGGAGGUCCGUAAACCAGACGAAGAUGCUCAGACCAGGAAGAAGGUGUCUCAGAAGAAACUCAAGAGGCAAAAGAUGAAGGCUGCCAUGAGUGGUGGUGUAGACUGA